GAAGCCAUCUCGCAGCGCCAUUACACUUCAGGGCAGGGAGGUUAAGAAGCCGGCAUGGCGCUCGGGUCAAUAAAAUCGAUAGCUGGAACCUGCCCGUGGUCCAGGCAGCGGUGGUGCAGGAGCGGCGCCGCCAUCUUCCCCGAAGGCAUUUCCCGGUGCCUCUCACCCAAGUUGCAGCGGGAGUUUCCUGAAUAGCGGGGUGCUCUGUGCUGGGCCGCCAGGCCCCUCAGGCAGCCGAUUCACGAGUUUCCUCCGGGCCUUCCCGGCGGGGCUCCGAGGUCUGGGGGGGCGCGGCGCCCGGGGCAAGGCCGGGCGCAGGUCCCAUGGCUCCGCCUUCGGCUCCGCUCCCCGCGCGGGCACCCGGAGAGGCCGGGCCUACUCGGAGAAGGGGCAGGAGGCCAAGGGCCUUGAAGUUCGCGGACGUGGCCGUGUACUUCUCCUCGGAGGAGUGGGGGUGCCUGCGGCCCGCGCAGAGGACGCUGUACCGGGAUGUGAUGCGCGAGACCUACGGCCUCCUGGGCGCGCUCGCGUCUCCCGAGGCCAGCCCUCUGACUGGUUCUCCUUCCCCAGGAUGCGCAGGUCCCAAACCGGCCCUCAUCUCCUGGUUGGAACGAAAUACCGAUGAUUGGGAACCCGCAGCCCUAGAUCCGCAGGAGUACCGGAGAUGGGUAACAUUCCAGAGAAAAACCAGAACCAGGCAGAAGAACGAAGAGAAGGAAGUAUUCCCGCCCAAGGAAGCACCGCGGAAGGGGAAACGAGGGCGAAAGCCCAGCAAACCCCGGCUGAUUCCCAGGCAGACGUCCGGGGGCCCCAUCUGCCCCGACUGUGGGUGUACCUUCCCCGACCACCCGGCCCUGGAGAGCCACAAGUGUGCCCAGAACCUGAAGAAGCCCUACCCCUGCCCAGACUGUGGGCGCCGCUUCUCCUACCCAUCCCUGCUGGUCAGCCACCGGCGGGCACACUCGGGCGAGUGCCCUUACGUUUGUGACCAGUGUGGCAAGCGGUUUUCCCAGCGGAAGAACCUCUCCCAGCACCAGGUCAUACACACGGGCGAGAAACCCUACCACUGCCCCGACUGCGGCCGCUGCUUCCGAAGGAGCCGCUCCCUGGCCAACCACCGGACCACGCACACGGGCGAGAAGCCCCAUCCGUGCCCCAGCUGCGGGCGCCGCUUCGCCUACCCGUCCCUGCUCGCCAUCCACCAGCGGACGCACACGGGCGAGAAGCCCUACACCUGCCUGGAGUGCGGCCGCCGCUUCCGCCAGCGCACCGCCCUCGUCAUCCACCAGCGCAUCCACACCGGGGAGAAGCCGUACCCGUGCCCGGACUGCGAGCGGCGCUUCUCCUCCUCCUCCCGCCUGGUGAGCCACCGGCGGGUGCACUCCGGAGAGCGGCCGUACGCCUGCGAGCACUGCGAGGCCCGCUUCUCCCAGCGCAGCACGCUGCUCCAGCACCAGCUCCUGCACACGGGCGAGAAGCCCUACCCCUGCCCCGACUGCGGCCGCGCCUUCCGGAGGAGCGGCUCCCUGGCCAUCCACCGCAGCACCCACACGGAGGAGAAGCUGCACGCCUGCGGCGACUGCGGCCGCCGCUUCGCCUACCCGUCGCUGCUGGCCAGCCACCGGCGCGUGCACUCGGGCGAGCGGCCCUACGCCUGCGACCUCUGCUCCAAGCGCUUCGCCCAGUGGAGCCACCUGGCUCAGCACCAGCUCCUGCACACCGGGGAGAAGCCCUUCCCCUGCCUGGAGUGCGGCCGGUGCUUCCGCCAGCGGUGGUCCCUGGCCGUCCACAAGUGCAGCCCCAGCACCCCCACCAGCGGCCCCCCCAGGCCUGUCCUCGGAGGGCCCAGCCCGAGGAGCAGCGCGCUUUAGCGUGACGAAGACCGGGAGGCCGCCGCGGAGAAGCUGGCGGGGGUCCCACGGAGCAGGAGCGGAACUCUGGUCCCCUGCCGCACGCCCUGAAACGCCGCACCGCUGUCCUGCAGCGCGUCUGGACCAGUUAUCGGGAGAGACGGUGCCAUUCCAUUAAAGUUCUCCGAGCUAACCCGCCGUAAAGUAACGUGGGUGUGUUCUUCCCCCAGGCCAUGUUAGGGGCCGCCUCCUUAGUUUAGUGCGCACAGGUUACAUUCAUUCAUUCACAGGGGCAGAACCUUCCCUGCGCUGCCCCCUGUCUCCGUGCCACGUGGAAAACCUGGGUUUGGCUCCACGUUCGCGACACUCCUGCGGCCGGGCGAUAGGUCAUUGCUGGAAACGGACUGGAACUCACUACCUCACGUGCCGGGUCAUUUCCCUGUGACAUGGUGCUGAUUUUGAGAAGGCUGUGUACUGCGUUCUUUGUAAACCUGGUCUAGAGUACUCAGUGCUCACCCACAGGGUGCUCUUCACAAAAGCUAAUCACAACUCUUUUGUACCCAAGUUGGUCCCAUGUUUCUGUGUGUGUGUGGGGGGGGUGGUGUUCUUUCUGCCUCAAGUGGUCUCCAACCUGUGCGAGUCAGUGAUUUGCCCACCUCAGCCUUCUGAGGAAUGGGAGUGGGAGGCCGACGCCACAAGUGGCUCUGGUCAAUCGUUCUUAAAAAAAAAAAAUAGGUGUAUAUACAUAUUUUGAUAUUUAUUUUAUUUUAUGUGUUUGAAUGUUCUGCCUGCAUGUGUAUCUAUGCACCGUGUUUGGGCCUAGUACCCAAAGAAGGCCAGAUGAGGCCAUCAGAGCCCCCGGAGCUGGAGCUACAGAUGGUUGUGAGCCGCCAUGUGGGUGCUGGGAACCGAGCCCCACCCAGGUCCUCUGAAAGAGCAGCCAGUGCCCUUGGCCACUGGGCCAUC